UAUCUGAUCUGUGAUGAUAUGUGAUCUCUUGGAUACAACCAUACACGCGCAGCACGCGCGCGCACACACACACACACACUACUAAGCACUGCUGCUCGGCUGAGCAAAAUGUUUCUCCCUUAGUGCGCUUCAUCUUUGCCCAGAAAUCUCUUACAAUGAGGCUAUGCUUUCCUCUCUGCCUUCUGCCUUCCUUUCUCUUUUCCUGCCUUGUCCUCCUGCCCCAAGGACAGUUCUGUCCAUCUGCUUGUGUCUGCGUGGACUACCACACCGUAGACUGCAGAGACCAAGGACUCCCCAGUGUCCCAAAUCCAUUUCCUCUGGAUGUAAGGAAACUUCUUGUGGCUGACAACAACAUCCAGACCAUCCCGGCGGAUUUCUUCAUAUUUUAUGGAGAUCUGAUUUACCUGGACUUCAGGAAUAACUCCCUGACCACAUUAGAAGAGGGGACAUUCAGCGGCUCGAACAAACUGGCGUUUUUAGACUUAAGCUACAAUAACCUGACGCAGCUCGACGCGGGAAUAUUCAAAUCGGCGGGCAAGUUGAUCAGAUUGAGCCUAGGGAACAACAACCUGGCAGAUGUGGACGAGGCUGCCUUUGAGACCCUGGACUCACUCCAAGUGUUGGAACUGAAUGACAAUAACUUGCAGAGCCUCAACGUGGCCGUGCUGGAUGCCUUGCCAUCCCUCCGGACGGUCCGCUUAGAGGGGAACCCGUGGCUGUGCGACUGUGAAUUUGCCAAUCUUUUCUUCUGGAUCCAGGAAAAUGCCUCCAAGCUGCAGAAAGGACUCAAUGAAAUCCAGUGCUCACUGCCUAUGGAAAACAGGAGAAUAUUUCUGCAUGAGCUGUCCGAGGCCAGUUUCAGCGAAUGCAAGUUCAGCCUCUCGCUAACAGACCUUUUCAUCAUCAUCUUCUCUGGGGUCGUGGUGUCAAUUGCUGCCAUCAUCUCCAGCUUCUUCCUCGCUACCGUGGUCCAGUGCUUCCAGAGGUGUGCCCCCAACAAGGAUGAGGAGGAGGAGGAUGAAGAGGAGGAUGACUGAGGCAACUCCAUUCCCUCUCUUUAGUUCUGAGUUUCAGAAUCAGUGACUGGUCCUGCCAGCUAGAGAAUGGGGAGGGAAAUGCUUCCUUAGGAAGGCCUCUAACCAGCCCAAAGGACACAUUAACAGCUUCAUUUCUGUCUUUAAAAUGUGGGUCUAUGUCUCUCUGGAGUCAUUGGUGUGAAGGUUUAUGGUGGACAUACGUAGUGGGUGGAAAGGGGCAGGGAAGGGUAGAGGGAAUUACCUAGUUGACAAGAUUUUGGAUAAAAUAUUUUUUUCUUGCAGGGACAAGAAAGUCUAAAGAGGCAUUAGCACCAUUCAGGUGCUCUCAAAGAGACUCAACUCCUCAAAAUUCCAACUUACAAGGUGGCCAGUGGCUAUCUCUUCCCCAGACUGUAGGAGAAUGCUUCCCAAUGGACAACAGUUGAUUAGCAGUUGGUUUUCAGGGCCACAGUGGACCCCAGGGAUGAACAACGUCUCAUUCUUAAAUCAGCACCACCACCCAAGGAAUGAAUCUAUUGAUCUGCUGAAUUACUACUCCAAAUGUUUUAUGGGGAAUCAAUCAAUCAAUCAUAUUUAUUGAGUGCAGAGCAGAGCACUGUACCAAGUGCUUGGCAGAGUGCAGCA